AUGCAAAUAACAGUGUUUUCUUAUAUAAUAUUUUAUCAUACUGUAUCUUCAUUAAGGUUAGACAAAGUUAUUAUUUUGAGUAGACACAAUGCGAGAACUCCUUUUUUAUCAAAGAACUUGGAAAAAAUUACUCCAUAUGAAUGGCCGAAAUGGGAAGAACAGCCCGGGUUUUUAACAAAAAAAGGCUUCCUUUUAGAAGAAUACAUGGGUAAAUAUUUUUACACUUGGUUAAACAAAGAGGGAGUGCUGCCAAAAGGUUGUCCCAAUGAAAAUGAUUUUUAUGUAUAUUCAAGUUAUACACAAAGAACCAUGUAUUCAGCCAGUGCAUUCAUAAAUAAAGGUUUUCCUAAUUGCAACAUUACUAUAUAUCAUGCAGAUGAGAGUAAGCCUGAACCGAUUCUUAGUAACUUCAUACAUAAUUCAUCAAUCGCAUUUCGCAAUAUAGCUAUAAGUGAAAUGAAAAAUGUUCUAGAUCAUUUGAAUUUGAAUUUUUCAUAUCACUCCAUGGAAGAUAUACUGAAUUACAGGAAUUCUGAGUUUUGUAAAGUUUAUAACAAAUGUGAUAUGAGCCAAGAUGUCAAUGAAUUAAAAAUAGUUGUUAAGAAAAAACCUGAAUUUUCUGGUCCUCUAAAGAUAUGUAAUGAGGCAGUUGAUGCUUUCCUAAUGGCAUACUACAACGGGUUUGACUUAACAAAUGUAGCUUGGGGUAAAUUAAAUACAAUAGAACAAUGGAAUUCAAUAUUAGAGUUGAAUAAGGAGUAUCAUAAUGUUAAAUAUAAUACAAGUUAUGUUGCACAAGACUUGUCUCGACCAUUAAUAGAUUAUAUAAAGAAAAUUUUUUUGGUAGAACAUAAAAAAGUAACACUUAUAAUGGGACAUGAUACAAACAUUAAUACUCUAUUAAACGCAAUGUAUUUUAAGCCUUUUAGUUUAUUUGAUAGCUUUGUUUCAACACCAAUUGGUGGUAAAAUUGUAUUUCAAAAAUGGUUUGACAAAACAAAAGACACGCAUCUUUUGAAAAUCAAUUAUAUUUAUCAAUCAAACGAACAAUUAAGAGAUGGUUUGGUAUUAUCUUUGAAUGAACCUCCAAAAAUUGCAUUGUUAGAAUUAAAAAAUUGUACCACAGACAAUGAAGGUUUUUGUCUAUGGGAUGAUUUUGUUUCUUUUUUAAAUGAUUUA